AUGAUCUCAUUACAAAUUGUCCUCAUCGCUCUUGCAGCUUCCAUUGCGUAUGCAAUUCUCGCCCCAGUAGUGCGUUAUUGGAUUGACCCAAAGGGUCUCAGACAAUAUCCCAACUACGCUUUACUCUCCCCCUUCACAGAUUUGCGUCAUGUGUACCUGAGUUCCUUCGGUUACCGUUCUCGCGACCUGUACUUGGAGCAUAAGCGAAGGAACGAACCCAUCCUUCGCAUUGGCCCCAACGCGUUAUCAUUCUGUGAUAACCAGGCCAUCAAGGACAUCUACGGACAUGGUACCCCCUGCACUAAAGACCUGAAGGAAGGUCUACUUGCAGGCUCUCAUCGCCACCUAUUCGAUGUCGUCGAUAAGCCUGAGCAUGCCCGGAAGCGCAAGCUUCUGUCGGCAGCGUUCGCUAUCAAGAACUUGGAGAGUUGGGAGUACAAGGUGGCAUACACCACCGAGCGCCUCUUCAAGGCUCUUGAUGGGUUCUGCACAGCACCGCUAGGUGACUUUGUUGAUCCGGCCAGUGGUGAUCUCAACUUUGACUUCAACCACUGGAUCAAUCUGUGGACUAUUGAGGCCAUCAACUAUAUCGCCCUGUCCGCCGAGAUGGAUCUGCUAGACACGGGCAAAGAUGAGGUCACUGCCGAGAGACGCGACGGGACAACCUAUCGGGCCCCAUACCACUACUCACAGAACAUGUCUGCCUGGUUUCAGGCCACGCUGGUCUGGGACUACAACCUCUGGCCAUGGACUCAAUGGGUCAUGUCUACACUGCCCGGCCGUUGGCGCAAGGUCUUUGAAGAUGGAAAGCCAACAGAAGAUGUCUUCUACCACCUAGCUGCAGAGCGUCUUAGAAAGUUCCAGGCUGGGGAGAGGCCGGAUGACUUCUUUUCGUCGCUUCUGGAGGACAAAGCUGGCAACCCCAACAAUUUGCAGUGGGGAGAGAUGAUUGCCGAAGUUGGAGCCAUUAUAAAUGCUGGGGCAGAUACAACCGCUAUCGCCAUGACCCAGCAUAUGCUCCUGCUGUACAGACAUCCUGAGCACCUAGAGACACUGCGCCAAGAAGUUGAAACUGUUCUGGAUCGAGAUGAUGUCAUCUCCCCUUAUGACAAGGUCAAAGACCUCCCAUUCCUACGCGCCUGUAUCGACGAAAGUCUUCGUCUGAUGCCCCCGACGUCGGCUGGCCUCCCUCGCCGGACUCCAAAGGAAGGUGCACGCAUCUUGAACAAGUGGAUUCCGGGUGAUACUUCCGUUAGCAUGACAAUCUACGCGGCCCAUCGCGACGAGGACAUUUUCCCUGACCCCGAGGCAUUCAAGCCUGAGCGGUGGCUCGACCCUGCAAAUCGCCGCAAGAUGGAGUCAUCCUUUAUCCCGUUUUCGGCCGGCUCGAGAUCCUGUCUCGGCCGUAACAUUACCUAUCUGGAGCAGGUCAUAGUUCUUGCGUCAAUUGUGCACCGGUACAAUUUUGCGUUGACGUCGAAAGAUUGGGACCUACAAAGGUCGGAGGCUUUCAAUAUUCUUUGCGGGCCCAUGCCUAUGAAGAUUUGGCGGCGAGAUCCCGACCAUCGAGAAUAG